AUGAUUCAUGGACCGUGUGGCGCCAUCAACCCCCAAUCACCGUGCAUGGUCGACGGCAAGUGUUCCAAACGUUAUCCACGAAAAUUGACUGCGGAGACCAUCACUGGCAACGAUGGUUAUCCACUGUAUCGGCGUCGAUCACCCGAUGAUAACGGUCGAACUAUCACAACGAAAGUGAAAGGAAACGAUUUCGUGGUCGACAACAGUUGGAUUGUUCCAUAUUCGCCACUUCUUUCCAAAACAUUCAAGACACAUUGCAACGUUGAGUAUUGCAAUUCGGUGAAGUCGAUCAAAUACAUCUGCAAAUAUGUCACGAAAGGCAGCGAUAUGGCGGUUUUUGGCAUCCAAAUCUCCAAUACCAACGAUGAAAUUACGCGUUAUCAAGUUGGUCGAUAUGUGAACUGCAAUGAGGCGAUUUGGCGUAUAUUCUCAUUCCCUAUUCACGAACGUCAUCCCACUGUUGUACAUUUGGCGGUGCAUCUGGAGAAUGGUCAACGAGUAUAUUUCACCGCGUCGAAUGUUGCUCAACGUGCUGAAACACCUCCAGCGACAACAUUGACCAGUUUCUUUGCGAUUUGUCAAAGCGAUCCGUUUGCACGAACGUUGCUUUACUCGGAGAUGCCACGUUAUUACACUUGGAACGCUUCAUCAAAAAAAUUUCAACGUCGGAAGCAAGGCGAUGCGGUUUUUGGUCAUUCGGAUGUGCGUUCUACUGAUGCUCUUGGUCGUAUUUACACAGUUCAUCCGAAGAAUGAUGAAUGCUUCUAUUUGCGGUUGUUGCUGGUGAAUGUUCGUGGGCCAACAUCAUUUGAAUCACUACGAACUGUUAAUGGUAUAGUGUGCCCAACAUUUCGUGCUGCAUGUCAAGAGCUCAAUUUGCUUGAAAACGAUACUCAUUGGGACACGACAAUCGCUGAAGCAAUUAUUUCUGCAUCUCCAAGUCAGAUACGCACAUUAUUUGCUAUCAUCAUUUCGACAUGCUUCCCAUCGAAUCCACGUGACCUGUGGAACAAAUACAAGGAUAACAUGUCAGAAGACAUUUUACAUCGAAUUCGUGUCAGUUCAAGAAAUCCAGAUCUUGAGGCGAAUGAGGAGAUGCAUAACCAGGCUUUGCUCUUGAUCGAAGACAUGUGUUACCUCAUGUGCGGCAGUUUGUUAGUCAGGUUAGGAAUGCCAGCGCCAGAUCGUGGAAUGAAUGACGCAUUUAAUCGAGAAUUGGAGCGUGAACGUGAAUAUGAUCGACAUGAAUUAGACCAAUCAGUUUAA